GUUUCUGAAUUACAGAUGUUGCCACAAGUGUGGUAUUUCUGGCUGGUCAGACAAAUAUCAUGGAAUGGAAUUCCCUGAGUAAAUUUCGACUUCACCGACAAGUUUCCACACGCUAUAGCGCGCGCAGCGCUACACGGGUGUCUCGGUGUGGAAGCUUCUCGCGCAUUUCGCCUACUAUGGCCAUACGGAACGGCUGCGUUCAACUUCCCCUCAUGUCUCCUGAGAAGAGCAGAAGAUGAGAGGUUACCGGACUAUUAAGUACAUACUUUUCGUCUGCUGCUAUAUCUUUUGGGUUGCCAGUGCUGUCUUGAUUGCUGUUGGUAUCUAUGCAAAGAUUGCCAAGGAGAAAGAUGCCGUGGACACUCUGAUGACCGACCCGGCUCUGCUGCUCAUUGCUGUCGGCUCUCUGAUGUCCACCAUCACCCUCUUCGGCUGCUGCGGAGCCCUGCGCAACUCCACACUGCCACUGCAGCUGUUCUCAGGGAUUCUGCUGCUCAUUUUCCUUCUUCAGAUUACUGCUGGUGUGCUGGGAUUUCUCUACUCUGACUUGGUGUUGGAGAGGACGGAGACGUUGAUGAGGAAGGCCAUUGUUCAGUACCGUGAAGAUCUAGACUUAGAAAACCUCAUUGACUUCAUACAGAAGAAGUUCCAGUGCUGUGGUGUACACUCGUACACCAACUGGCAUGCCAACGUGUACUUCCGCUGUGAGGAGAGCAACCCCAGCCUGGAGGCCUGCGGAGUGCCCUUCUCCUGCUGCAGGAGGAACAAGAACGAGGUGGGACCACACCGGGAGCACAGCUGCUAUUGGACGGUGUUCAACACCAUGUGUGGCUAUGAGACCCAGAGCAUGGAGGAGAUGGAGGCUGUGCAGGACAUCUUCAUCAUCGGCUGCCUGGACAAGAUCGUCCGCUGGGGGAAGAACAACCUGCUCCUGGCGGGAGGCAUCACCGUGGGGCUCCUCUGUUUGGAGGUGUGUAUGAUCUGUCUGGCCUCAGUGCAGUUGUGUCGUAUCAAAAAAACAAUGAAGAAGAAGAAACUCCUCCACCUGAGGAACUCGUGGAGAAAGAUGACAAGAUAACAACGCUCUCAAGGCCACCUGUACCUGAGGCUCUACUACCCCCUCCCUACCCCCUCAGGAAGCCUCUACUACCCCCUCCCUACCCCCUCAGGAAGCCUCUACUACCCCCUCCCUACCCCCUCAGGAAGCCUCUACUACCCACCACCUACCCCCUCAAGAUACCUCUACCACCUGCCACCUGUACCUGAGGCUCUACUACCCCCUCCCUACCCCCUCAGGAAGCCUCUACUACCUACCCCCUACCCCCCCAGAAUACCUCUACCACCCACCACCUACCCCCUCAAGAUACCUCUACCACCCACCACCUACCCCCUCAGGAUACCUCACUCUUUUUGACCAUGGAGACCAUGACACACACCUACAAACACACAUCUACUGUAUACCAUUUUUUCCUUUACUCAGAGACUGCAAAGUUGACAGUUUUUCCUUUUCCUGUUUUUCCAUUUAAAUCCACAUGUAUCCUUUUGUGCCAGUUUAGCAAAAGAAGCACCUUAAUUGUGAAUCACCAUUUUGUAUUGUAGUAUUGCCGAAACUACUUUGCAAUGUUGAACUACUGUGAUGUCUUGUUUGUUUGUGCACCAAGAAGAGAAUGUCAGAACAUGUUGAAAUAGUGAGUGUGGUUAACUGUUGGAAUUACAUUGACAUUUUGGAUCAUUUCUGAAAACUACUCUGCAAUGAUGACAUUACUGUGAUAUCAGUCAGAACGUGUUGAAAUUGGGAUUGUGGUUAACUAUAUCAAUACACUUCGGACCACAGUGAUGCAGCAAUAACCUUAUGCAAUUUAUGGCCAUUUACUCAGGCACACUGUAUGAACCAUACAUAACUUAUCAGAUCUCUCUCUUCUGUUGUUGUUUACAAAAUUAUGGACGAUCUGUCAGUUAGUCUCUAUGUAAUGUUCCAAUUCCUGUAAUAUGUGUGGCCACAAAAGCACCUGUGUAGUAAGCUUACCAUGUGUGUCAAUGUUAAUAGCAUUAAAAAUUGUUACUG